AUGUCUUCGUCUCUCCGCAAUUCUCUGCAUCGGCGACAGCAUAAGGAACGUUCGCAGCUCGCACACCGGACACGGUUAGGUUUUCUAGAGAAGCACAAGGACUAUGUACUCCGUGCACGAGACUACCACUCGAAGCAAGACCGGCUGCAGCGCCUGCGGCAGAAGGCAGCGGAGAGGAAUAAAGAUGAGUUCUACUGGGGCAUGAUCAGGGGGAAGACCCAGGGAGGCGUGCAUGUACAAGAUAGAGGAAAUGUCGCUCUUCCGGUGGAUAUUGUGAAGGUGCUGAAGACCCAAGAUGAGAACUAUAUACGCACCAUGCGUACUGCCGGUUUGAAGAAAAUUGACAAACUAAGGAAUCAGCUGAGCGUCUUGGCUGACCUCGUCAAGCCCGGUCACCCAGGAGGCCAGCUGAACGACGACGAUGAGCUGGACGAGGACGAAGUCAAUAUCCUCGUUGAGGCCGGUAUAAUCCCUCCUUCGAAGAUGUCCCGGAAAGACAAGGCCUCUUCGAACCAUGUAGUUUUCGUGGACAGUCAGGAGGAAGCCCAGCGGUACAGUGAUGGCAAACGCAGUACAAACGAUGACCACAGCCAGGGACAACCGCAGCAUACUGGGGCGGAUGAUCUUGGAUGGAAACCCGCUGAGAAGUCGAAAAAGAGACGGAAACGCACGUCUCAAACCGAGACCGAAGAUGCCGAGAUGACGGAUGUUGGUAAGGAGUUGGACGCAGAAGCCAGGGAGUACCGCUCGAGGCUAUUGAAAGAACUAUCGGCACGCUUGUCCCGAGACCGAAUGCUGCGGUAUGCCGAGAGGGAGUUGGAAAUGCAGAGACUACUGAUGGCUAAGGGGGGUGCGAGAAAAAUCAGGGGUUUGGAGAAGGUCGAAGGCGAUGACCGGGAUGAAAGCGAGGAUGACGAACCAAAGCGAGGCAGGAAACCCGUCGACGAGAAGGCGUACAAGCCGCGGGUGUACAAGUGGCGACUGGAGAGGAAACGGUAGCAUUUCCGUCCAUCAUGCACCUUUGGUCUAAUAAUGUGCCGUAUCUUAUGACCGGCUGCGCAUGUUGCUGCUCAUCGGCUGACAAGUCGUCGAGAGCAUGGCACUGGAGCUCUACAUGUAGCUGCAGCUUGAGGAACAAUCAAGGAUUGACGUAGUUGUGUACGGUGACUGUAUUUAGCUAUCGCUC